GAACAGAGUAGCUGCUGGAGGAGAGUGAGGUGCACGGACAGUAUGGACUGAGAUCUGAAAAGACCUUUUUCUUUUCUUUUUUUUUUUUUUUUAAAUCCGAACAGCUGUCUCAUUUAACCCAAGACUUCAUUUCUCCAACAUCUCCGAGUCUUCCUCAGACUGACUCUUGGUGAGAGUUACUCAAAUAGUAACUCUAAAAAAUAGGACCGUGAAACCCACGUCCUGCUCUCAUCCUCUUCCUCGUGCAAUGCCGAAGAGUGUCAUGUGGCCAGGUGCCGUUGCCAUGGAAUCCUUGAGCAAUAUGGACAGUGCUGGGAGCUGCGACAGUGUAAUCAGCAUGAACUCUGGCUAUAGUGAUGACAGUAUGGAGCACCUAUCUGCAGAAGAGAGGGCAUGUCUCAUGUAUCUGGAGGAAACCAUUGAGGCGCUGGAGGUGCAGGAGGACAGCGGUUUAUCCAAUGAUGAACCAGAUGCUGGGUUACAGGCAGAAAAAGUAAAUGACAUUUCCAGUUACAAGUCUAUUGCAUUUGGAAGAGCUGAGCAUCACGCUGUGAAUCAAACCUCUGAACCACAGUCCCAUCCUGUUUCAGCAGCCAACACAAAAGAUCUCAGCUCAACAUCACUGAACCUCAUGACUCAACCCAAAUCUCCAGUCACUAAAUCAGUCACUGGCUGUAAAAUCCCUCCACCAGCUACUCAGACUGAGGUGCUGUGUAUAUCCACGGAUGCGAAUGGUAAACCUAAGAUUGUUACAAGUACCGGGCUUUGCCAAGGUCACUCCACUGAAGCCUCUGAAAUAGAUUUGGGUCUGAUCCCUCCUCCCUCAGACUUCAUGGACGAACCAUGCCCUCUUGUACACCCAGAGAAAGUCAAAGACCUUUCUCCAUCUGCAGGGUCAUCCAGCAACAAGCCAGGAGCAACCGUUGACUUGGAGUGGCUACGUCAGAGAACCUCAACUUCAGUGAACUCCUCUAUGAGCCAGGAAACUCCAAACAUGCCCCAGUCUGAAGGGUCUCCCGGUCUGAGUCCACCAGCUGUCAGAUCUGGCCACCCGAAGAGUCCUCCUCCUCCUCCUGAGGCUGCUGAGCCCAGAAGUCCACCUGCUGUGGCCCCUAAGCCCAAGAAGCUUCCUGCCAACAUUAUUCUGAAGUCACACAAGUCAUCAGUGGCUGAUGGAAACUCUGGACAUUCGGCCCCCACGGGCAGCGACCGGGUGUUGUUAGACCCUCAGAGGGUCCGCAUUGAGGCUCUCCGAAAGCUUGGCCUGCUAAAAAGCGAAGACACAGAUUCAGGUCCUGCCCUGAGCCCCAAACUUUCUCCCAAAACUAGAAGAUCAUGGGGAGCUCCUCCCUCUCCAGUCAGCCCAGCAACUCCACAUACACCUCCGCUGACACCUUCUAACAUCCGUGGCAACAGCCCAACUCCUGCUUUUGUCCCUCCAAAGUCACUCACUGCUAAUUCCACAGCUCCUGAUAUUCUCCCAGCACCUGCUGCUUUCAGUGACCCUGUCAGACCUCUGCCAUCAGAUAAUGAACUGUCUCCUGUCAAAGAUGUUUCAGAUACCAGAGUUGAUGCACAGGUGAAUAAGCCUUGUCUUACCCCUCCUACCCCGACCAAGCAGUUAACCCCAUCCAAGAUCACAGGUGUGAAAUCAGCUACCCUAGAGCGCUCUGGCCUGGGCCUAAGCAGCUAUAUGGCAAGUCAAGACUCCAGUGAAGCAGGUCAGGGCAUCAGCAGCCAGAAGAGCCCCCGUCAGCUGCGUAACAAUCGGCCACGCCCCGCCUCUCUGGGGAGUCAGAAGGAGUUUUCAAGCACUCAGGGAGAGGGUUUGCAAGCGGGCCGUGCCACCAGUCACAAGUCAGACUCGCAGAGGUCCCAGCCUACCCACACUGCCUUCCAGCACUCUGGAGACUCUCAGAAGUUGCCUCGGUCGCAAGGCAUCAGUGUGCUAAUCUGCCCUCGUGCAGAAAAUGGCGAGGACCGCCGUGAGGCCCUGAAGAAGCUGGGGCUGCUCAGGGACUAAUGCAUCGUCACCACAUCUUACACCUCAUCUAACUGUUAGACUCUGUUUCAUACACAGUUGAUGGAGGCUUUACAAACCUUUCCGGAAGCAGCUUACCCACAUAUUUAUGCUUUUUCCAUUUUACUGCACUAAGCUACUAUAACCAGAGACUGCCUCACAUGACUUCAAUACCGUCAUGCCCACAUUUGCAUCUACUUGUUACUGAUAUUGUACAGCCAUGUGUGCAGUGUUUUAUUUCUCAGUCAACUGGCAAUCAAGAACUUUGUGGAUAUUCCUGACUCUCUCGCUGUUGCUGUGGUUUUUGUAAAUUAAAUACUGUUACUUGUAUGAGGGAAUGUAGUUAACUUUAAUGUGUCUUGUAAACAGGUGUGAACUAUCCUCUUAAGUUAUUCUGUGUUACUGUCAUCGUUGUGAGCCUGGUUCCCCUCAUGCUUCUCCUUUUAGUUCCUUUGAAAGGUCACUGUUCUUGAUAUUUUCACUUCCUAAAAUUUACCGGAAUUUUGAGUCUGACUUUGUUGACCACAAGAAUUUUUUUUAGCAAGCACUUGCUAAUAACAAUUGCGCUGAACCUAUUUGUUCAGUGCAGUUUGGUUCAUAAUUGAAAGUUGUUGAUUAAAUUAAUAAAAAUGUACAAAGUAUGUCGUGCAUUGCUAGAACAUACCUUACUGUAACUCAAAGCAAAUAGUCAGUGGCCACUACGUGAUAGGAAUCUGGAACAUGUGGAUUGCAUGGCUGCAUAGUGACGCACACGUCAAAACACAGGGUUGUUACAUAGCAGCAAUCAGUAGUGUCACUAUGGGUCUGUCAGUUGUACAGAUGCCGAUUGAACAAGUUUGAUUACAAGAAUUAUCUUUUUUUGAUCAUGCACUGACUCUGUGUUGACCACAAGUCACAAAUGUCCUUAAUGCGCAAUUGGAAUAAGUCAUCUGUUUUCCUCUGCUGACAUGUGACACACAUACCCUCAUGUGUCAUGUCAAAUCAUAUACCGAGGCACCAGUUUUGCGGCUCAGCUUCAGCAGCCUUUAUCUGAUGUGAUGGUGAGUGAACUGGUGCAACCUGUUUUCUCACCUCCUGGUUUAGCCUUUAUGCAACACCUUUGCUGCUCCUGAUGGCACAUUUAUGAGCCGAUGGGCUGUCUGAAAAACAUUUUAUCAUCGCUGCAGGCUUUUAAAGACAAAUAGAUUUGCUCUUUCCUGUAAUUUGUUGUUAAGGUCACCUACUGCUGUGAAAAUUAAGCUCAAUUUGACAGAUAUUUUGCCAUGGUAUUUACACCAGGGGGCUGAACCCUAUAACUCGCAGAAAACACAGCACAAGUUUUUGAAUCAAUUCAUUUUUUCCAUUUUUGAACAUAACUUUCUAGACAAUGCUGGAAGACUGUCCCAUCCAGCAGUAAUAAGCAUUUUGCUUAUUGUGCAAUUAGAGCUGCAAACACAAGAGGUGUGUUGUCUCUAAAGGACUGCAUCAGUGCCAAAUACCACUUCAUGUUUUACUGUUGUGAUUCUUUGAGCCCCGCCCUGCAUGCCUUUUAAUUUCUUUACCCUUUUUUGUUGUCUUGAUCACACCCAAAGUUGCUUCUCAGCAUUCAUUUUCAUCCAUCACCUAGUUUGCAUCUAAUUUUAUUUAUAAUAUUGAUAAUAUUAUGUUGAGAAUGAGAAUAUUUUCAUAUGCUUUUGUGGAUAUUUUUUACUCAUAUUUUUCCUGUGAAAGUAAACCCCUGUUUGUUAUCUGUCAGAGGAAAAUGAAAGUGGAAAAAGAAUUUGAAUAAUGUUUUGCAUACUUUAGUUAAAUAAUAUAACACAUGUGCACAGGUUGCAAUAAAGAUUAAUUAGACAUUA